AUGUCUACCACAAUUGCAAUCGCUGGCGGCUCUGGCAACGUCGGCAGAACCAUCAGUGACGCCCUAGUAGCCGCCGCAAAGUACAAAGUCAUUGUGCUUGCCCGUGAGGCCCCCAAAGACUGGUCUUCAAGCGAUCCCCCGCUUAUCAAGGUCGACUACAACGACAUCAAUGCCGUAACCAACAUAUUGGAGAAGCACAAUGUCCAUACAGUCAUUUCUACUAUCAGCGUUAUAAUGCCUGAAGCCGGAGCAGCCGAACGCAAUCUCAUCAAGGCAGCUGCAGAGGCAGCGCCCACGAAACGCUUCGUUCAAAGCGACUGGGGCGUACCCGCGCCAUUGGAAAGUAACCUUUGCUUACCGCAACAUCAAGUCCGCUUUGCCUCGAUGGAGCAGCUCCGCCAAACAGACCUCGAAUGGACACGAUUCCACGUUGGCUAUUUCCUCGACUACUAUGGCAUGCCGCACAUAGAGACUCAUCUCCCGGCGCCAUUCGCUUUCGUCCUUGAUAUCCCCAACAAAGUGGCAGCCAUCCCAGGCAGCGGCAACGAUGUAUUCUCGCUUACAUAUACGCGAGACGUGGCCCAAUUCGUCGUCAAGGCACUCGAUUUGCCUAAGUGGGAAGAAGAAACGUUUUGCUACGGCGAUAAGGUGACGUGGAAUCAGGUUUUGAAGCUCGCUGAAGAAGCGACCGGAUCCAAAUUUGAUGUUACUUAUGAAGGCAUCGAGAAGCUUGAGAAGGGAGAGGUUACUGAACUACCAUCCCAUGCCAUGGCCUACGAGCAUUUCCCAAAGCCAAUGCUGCAAAGCUAUUUCUCCAAAUUCAGCCUGUACAUAAUCGCCGGCUUGUUCGAUAUGCCAGCAGACAAAUCUCUCAACAAGAUAUUCCCAGAGGUAAAGACGACCACUGUGAAGGAAGUGCUGGAUCUCUGGAAGGGGAAAUAG